UGUUGCACUGCGAACGCCUUCUCAAGACGUCGACCCGACGUCACUCAUCUUGCGAUACCGCACGCAUUUUUAUCACGGCUCCUUAUCACGCGUCCUAUCAUUACGUCGGGCUGUGUCGAAAAAUUUACCACCCCUCGCGGCUUUUAUCGAUUUUUCGCGAAUUCAAUUGCCUGACGAGUUGCGUUCGUUUGCUGCGUUAUCUGUUGCGUUUGUUUUGGAAAAGUUCGGGCUUUUUUUUUUUGUCCCUCUUGUGAUGGGGAUUUCGGACCGCUGGAGAACUUUCAUGUGGUGGUAAUUCAGUGGUGGUUUUUCCGAGCAAUGUGGAGAGGACUAUCUAGCCAUGUACACUGACGAGGAGAUGGCGACGUGAGGGGACUGAUUAAAAGAAGCAGUGGAGUAGUCAUGAACACAAAUGGUAAUGCCGGUUCACAGGAGGGUGGAAAUGGCAAUGAGUAUGGUAGUACCGAGGAAACCGCAGCACUUCUCAGCCGUGCACCACCACCAGUUGUCGUUGCUGCUGGAUCACAGGGAAAACCUGUGUUAACUCGUCAGGAUCGUGCAACCUAUCUCGUUGCAUCGCCACAGCUGUCGGUAUCGGGACUCGGUGGUUCCGAGGAGAGUGCCACCAAUGAGGAUCCAUCCACUAGAUCAGUACCGGAUAUCGAAUUGCACUGUCGCCUCGAUGGUGACAGCUUGCAGCAACAAUGCACAUCACAUCAUCCAACCACCACUCUUUAUCGCACCAGACAGACAUCCCAUCAGUACAACCGUUGCCGAUGCGACAGGCGGGACUCCCUCGCACCCUCAUCUGCCCUUCAUCUGGCACGCAGUGUUUCGAGGGAGAGCGUCAAGAGUGGCUACCACUGCUGUCCCUGUCAAGCACCACCACCACCAGUUCUCGUGACAACAUCACCAAGUGCAAGGAUUAUUCGACAGAGCUCACAACCCGAGGCAUCUGCAUGCUGCUGUUCGGGCUCGUGCUGUCCUCUGCAUGCUGGUGCUGCACCGAGUGCUUCCCUCAGACAACUCCGAGAACCCGGUGAUGGAAUUGCCGGCAUUGCCGCUGAUUCACUCAGGAUCAACGGGGGAAUACGCCAGUUUCGCCAGCUGCGGAAGCCAGUGUCGACACUCUCGAUCCCUGGGGCGAUGAGAAGCAGCAGUGGAACUGGAGGUGGACAAGGUGGUGGUGGUGGAGGUUGUGCCAGUGGUGUUUUGGCCAGUGCUGGUGGUGAUGAUGCUGGAAUUGCCCUCGUUGGUGUCCACUCGGAGUAUCCACGGUACAUGGAUGAGCGUGGAUUGGGUGGUGGACCCAUGAAAAUAGCACCAUCUGGCAGCAUUGGUCCUGGCUCAAAACACAAGCCCAACGUCGGCUACAGACUUGGCAGGCGAAAGGCAUUAUUUGAAAAACGCAAGCGCAUUAGUGAUUAUGCACUAGUUAUGGGAAUGUUUGGCAUAAUCGUAAUGGUGAUUGAGAAUGAGCUGUCAAGUGCUGGAGUUUAUACCAAGGCCUCGUUCUACUCGACUGCACUGAAAACCCUGAUAUCUAUGUCUACUGUGAUACUGCUUGGCCUCAUAUUUGCUUACCAUGCCUUAGAAGUACAGUUGUUCAUGAUUGAUAACUGCGCGGACGAUUGGCGAAUCGCAAUGACUUGGCAACGAAUAUCCCAGAUAUCCAUGGAGUUGGGGAUAUGCGCAGUGCACCCGAUACCCGGUGAAUACUACUUCCUGUGGACGACCAAACUGGCCAACAAGGGUGGUGAUAUAGGUUCACAAUGGGUACCCUACGACGUAACCCUGUCAUUGCCAAUGUUUCUACGCUUGUACUUAAUCUGCCGUGUGAUGCUCCUCCAUUCGAAAUUAUUCACCGACGCAUCAUCACGAAGCAUAGGGGCCUUGAAUCGCAUAAACUUCAACACAAGAUUCGUUUUAAAGACCCUCAUGACAAUAUGCCCUGGCACUGUGCUCCUGGUAUUCAUGGUAUCCCUUUGGAUCAUAGCGUCGUGGACAUUGCGCCAGUGCGAGAGGUUUCACGACGAGGAACAUGCAAACCUGCUCAACUCAAUGUGGCUCAUUGCCAUCACGUUCCUGAGCGUCGGGUUCGGUGACAUUGUACCUAACACGUAUUGUGGACGCGGCAUUGCCGUAUCCACCGGUAUAAUGGGAGCAGGUUGUACAGCACUGCUGGUCGCUGUGGUCUCCAGGAAAUUGGAACUGACGAGAGCAGAGAAGCACGUGCACAAUUUCAUGAUGGACACACAGUUGACAAAAAGAUUGAAAAAUGCCGCGGCCAAUGUACUUCGGGAAACGUGGCUUAUAUACAAACAUACGCGUUUGGUAAAAAGAGUUAAUCCUGGUCGCGUGCGGACACAUCAGAGGAAGUUCCUUCUGGCGAUUUAUGCCCUGAGGAAAGUCAAAAUGGACCAGCGAAAAUUGAUGGACAACGCUAAUACAAUAACAGAUAUGGCGAAGACUCAAAACACUGUGUACGAAAUAGUGUCGGACAUGAGCACUCGUCAGGACUCCCUGGAGGAGCGUCUAGUGAGUCUCGAGGAGAAACUAAUAUCCCUCCAAGAGCAGCUAGAGAUGCUACCAGAGGCCCUGACCCGUUGCUUAGCCCAACACGCCGAGCGAAUGGAGCAACGACGCAACUUCCUCCACCCAGACACAGCUGUUGUCAUGGCAGCCACACCGAGCGGUGGCUGUGGCUCAGCCAGUGGAAUCGGCAACAGCCUGACUGUUGGAAUAUCUGGCAAUCUUAGCUCAGCCUCUCAUCAUCCACUGGCAAGCCUAUCCAAUUCACCACUACUGCCACACUCGAGAAGUGUACCAAGUGCACCAAGCACAAUGUCUCUCCAUCCAUGGCCAGCGAGUCCAGUUCUACCUCCAGUCUCCAGCAGAACACCACACCUUGUACCGGACACUGGAGGUGGUCGACAGCCACAGAUACAACACACAUUAUCAACAUCAUCGCAGUCAGCAACACGACUGACAACACAAGCUGGCAUGGGUGGACUUGGCACGAGUCAGGGCUCAGACACAUCACCGCACAGCUGAGCUUCGUCUCUGCAGCCGCAGCACUCGUACUAAAAUUCAGUGAAUAUUAAGGAAUUUUUUCUGGGCCUCUAGGUACAUACCGUGUACCAAUCACAGAUUCUCCCUCUUCACUGAGAAACUCUAACUUUUGCCGAGUCGUUGUUAAGGAUAUCGAAGUACAUUGAAAAACUCUCCGAUAUCCAAGGGGCGUGCCCCAUUCGACACAUAGUCUUCUUCUGGACUGAGAUUCGUCAAAUCAGUGAAAAAUUACAAUUUUUCAGUUCUAUGAAUUUUUCCAGAAGUUUUCCAGAAGGAUUUUUAAAAAAUCGAAUUUCAAAAAUCGAACUGAUUAUUGACAGCGAAGAGUGAAAGGUACUUGGAUACCCUUAAUUCGUGAAAAAAAUUUAGUUUACCCAAGGUCUCCCUUCCUCUCGUGUCGGCUCAAACCGGUAAUUUCUCAUUGCCGAUAAAUACGAAUCGAUGAUGAUCGAUUUGCGGCUGUAAGUACAGCAGGUACUGUAUUCAAUCGAUCAUAAAUUCGAGACACGAAGGACAAUGAGCAUACUGGAGACAACGACAACGAGCUGGUCUUGCAAACAUUUUUAUAAUGGACGAUACGAGGGGCAAAGAGACGAUGGGGUAAAGAGGGAGAAAACCGUAAAUACACGGUCUCUUCCACUAGCUGCGGACUGCUUCCCCAACAGCCCCCUCGCCCAUUCUUGCGUGCCUCUAUAUCUUAAUAAUUAAGGUACUCGAUUCGAUUCAACCUUUAUCCUACCGUUCUAUACUGUCUCUAUAUAUCUGUCAGUUUCAAUGUUUCCAUGUGUACUUGAAUGAACGCUAAAAAUUUAUGGAGACAGGUGACCGAUGAAAAGUGGUCUGGAGGACACGAGUUAAACACAAGCCACCAGGUAGAGACAAAUUUUCGAAAUAAAACCAACAAUAUAUUUCAUAGAUCAAAAAAUACGUCACGUGAGUCUCUGUCAUCUCGCGAUUCUCAAAUGAUUAUCGAAGUAAUUAUCGGUAAUCCAUCAGGUGUGACAAAAAUUUUAUUGAAAAAUAUUGCGCUUUUACCUUAUAUCACGUAAAUUCUCCAAAAGAAUUCAAAACUGUUUUUUUUCUUUGGAAUUCUAAUCAGCUCUAAAAAAAGUCUAUUUCCACCUUAAAUCUACAGUUUCCGAGAUAAAUUAACGAUUAAAAAAAACCGUAAAUUGUACUUAUCUCCCCUUAGCACUUGCUCACUGGGUUUUUAAAUAAAAUUGUAAUAAAACUUCUUGGAAAAAGCGCAAUGUUUUUCAAUGAAUUUUAAUCAUGCGUGAUAGGAUCUAUUGUGAAUAAAUCUUAUCAAUCUUUCAACUCUCACUUACUAAACGAACCUUUCUAAACAAACUUAUCUCUUAUCUCCCCUUUUCUCUCAAAACUUUCAGCUGACUAUGAGGAACUCAUUAAUAAACCUCCCUUUAUCGGCGUGGAAUUAGUCGACGACUAGUUUUUAUGCGAAUAGUGAAGAAUAAAACCAACAAAUUAUUAUAUUAAACGAUGGCCUUAAGGAGUGGUAUAGUUAGGACAAACAGUCUAAUGAAUUUUAGCCACAGUGACAAAUCUGCUAAACGGGUAUAUCGAUUCAGCAUAAACCAGACAACUGUGGGGAGGAAUUAUUUUUAUUUCGUGAGGGAAUAAUGCCAAUAGGAUCAUUCAAGUGUGGUAAUGAAGGAGAUUAAUACUGUAUAGUGGAGAUAGAGAGGAUCGAUAAAGUUACAAUGUAAAGGAUAAAUAGGAGGAGUGUAAAGUGAUCUUAUCCGCUUUAACGUCCGUAGAUUAUAGUAUUUAUCACUUUAGGUCGGCAAGGAGUGUAAAACGGCAACGGUUAGUUCACUCGAGUGCAGAUGUUGAAUAGGAAAAUGAGGAAAAUAGGAAACAAACGAUAAGUUUUUUAUUGAAUCAGGCGAGUAGUUGGCGUUUAAGGCCAGCAAGAAUAGAUUAAGCUAUUUCUCAUUGUUCAUCAGCCGAGGCAUAAAACUGUGAACCUAUUUUUUUUUUUUUUUCAUCUGGAAAAGGAGAAAACUUCGGGUUGAGGUGCAUGAUGACCCAGAUCGUCCGGUUUUUCUCGAUUAAUUUCUCCGUUGAUAUUGGUUUAACGAGAACUUUCGCCAAAGGGGGCUUGACAUCGCGAAAUGGGACCAAAAUGGACACUAUCGUCAACACAACAGAACAAAUGUAACAGUUAUUUCCCUCGAACAAGUUCUUCUAUGAAACUGUCUCAAUGCCCACUCGACACGAUACACACGAUAUUUUUAUAUGUGGAAAAAGGAGGAAAUAGUUUAUUCUGAAAGUGCAUUAUCUCGGGGAUAUUCAAUUGAAUAUUAAUCCGUGGGGGAGGUUAUUCCGGGGAAAUUGCAUAAAGUGAUUCGGUCAUGUUAAUUUGGUAUUUUAUUUACUUGUUUUACCUUCUGGUCGAUUCAACCGGUAAUUGUAAUAGAACUUAACGCAACGCUUGUGAAAAAAAUUAG